AUGGCUCGACCUGUCGCCCAUACGAAAGCACAAUGGCAGCACAUUCGGAUAGUCGGUCCUCGAUUGCAUUUCCCCGAUGCCAAAGUUCCUGACCUUAUUGUUGGACCUAAUAACUCUCACCAAGCAAGACAAGGAUCGGGUCUCGCAAUGGCAGUCGUAUCUCCCCAAGGAUCGUUGGAUGUUGAGCCCUUGAUCGUCGGCCAAAUGUCCAAGACGCGAUGGUCUCUGCAAUUCGACGCCUUCGUCAUCCCAAACCCAACAGACCGCACGCCAGUCAUCAACCUUAAAGCAUUCUCGACAUCAGCAACUGUCAUCAACAAUCACCAACCACAAUGCGCGGACAACAAAGACGUCAACGACUCGACAACGACUGACGAUCUCCGAACGAUAAACGACGCCACAAGUAAGCCAGCACCAACGAUACAAGGACCCUUCACGACCGAGCGACCGACGAAUACGAUGGACGACGACGAUGGCGAAACACAGCGACGACUCAUUUAUGUCCGCCUGCGAUGUUAA